AUGUCCUUGCAAUCUGGGCGUAACGGCCCACGUUCGAAGAGUGGCUGUAGUACCUGCCGUCGGCGCAAAGUGAAAUGCGGCGAAGAAAAACCAGUUUGUGGACGAUGCUCCGCCUUACGGCUCAAUUGCGAAUGGGGCAUUCCAGUCAAGCGUGGACGAAGCACACAGAUCAGACAUCUCGAACCGGCACCGAGUGCGCCCGAUCAGUGGCCCUUGUCCAAGGUCGAAGAUCUAGUCGAUACCCAACCAGAACUCCUUUAUACAAGCCCUUCACCAGUUUCUUGGUCAGGCGACUUUGUGCCCUUCGACACAACUCAAUUGACACCCUUCCGUCCCAACCUCGUUCCGACCCCGAUUUAUCCGGCGUUGAAUUUCAAUAAUGUGCCUUGCGCCAAUUCCCUGGCGCUCAAUACGCUCGAUCUCCAGUACUUUCAGUACUUUCCUUCAUCCUUCCUCGUUUAUUACUAUAUGAAAGGUUGGAAGUGGAGCAGUUUUUGUCAUCUAUAUCAAGGCCCUGCCGCAUCCAAUAAGGUAAUAAUGCGGAUGAUCUUGGCUCUAUCCGCAUGUGACAUGCAUCGCAAUGGCUUGGUUGUGCGUUCUCCGGGUCGACCAACAGCAGAUGACCAUGGACGAUAUCAUUAUAGUCUGGCAGUGAAAGAGUUUAGGCAACUUCUCGAGACACCGCGUCAAGUUUCUUUAGAUGAGGUCGAGACAGUCUUUGCAACGGUCUUCUUGAUGAUAGCUUGGGAGUGGCAGUUUGGACACUCGGUGCGUCACUUACAACUUCAUCUCCAGGGUGUUCGCUCCCUUCUGGAAACACACCCUCAACUUUUCCGCAUCAAAGAUGUCAACGAUAUGUUUUUAUCUCCUGGGCCUGGUAGCCCAUCCGAUGAGCCUGGAACCGUUGCCAAGGUGUCUUUUAUCCCUGAGCAAUUCUUACUGUGGAUAUUAUAUAUCGACUCCAGCUGCCAGCCCAUGGGUUUGACCGAGUCUUUAAAUGAUUAUGUUGCAAAAUCCGGGAAUCCCGCUCUGCAGCCAGAUCAUCUGCACCGCUGCGCUCGUCUCUGGGGUAGGUGCUUUUGGGGCGAACAAUAUCCCGAUGAGGAGGUCCUGGAUGACAUUGAGAACUACCGGGCCCUGGAACUGCUGCAUGACGGAUUCUGUCUACGUCAUAGAACUUGGAAGGCUCUCGUGGACUCUGCGGCUGGUACCGCCGACUCUGCGGAUGUCAUAUUCCGUGAAAUCCUCACUAUACGAGAAAAAUUCUCCGACCUUUUCAUCACUGCCAGAUUUUCCGCCGGCGUCUCUGCUCGCCGGACGGUCAACACCGUCUAUAUGGCCGUCUCGACCUUCUACGCCCAGGUCAUCCUCCACCGUCGCCUUCUUCGUGUAGACGCCUUUCCUGCGGCAAUACACCAGCAGGCCACUGCAGGAAUUGUAGAUAUUGCGCAAAAGCAGUUUCUAAGCGAUCCCAACCUACUCAGGCGUCUACACUGGCCGUUACUGAUGGCACUGAUUGAGAUCAACGACCCGACCCAACAAGCUUGGCUCCGGCAGCGCUUAUGGGAACUACGCGAGUUUCAUUCAGAAUACGUGUGGGUGCAUGAUGUUGCCGAGCAGAUCCUGGCUCAGCAAGAUGUGAGCCAAGGCCGAUAUGUCAAUUUGGCGGAAUUAUUACUGCAACGUUUUCAUGCACAGUAA